AUUACAGAUUACAAUAUAUACAAAAUAGUCAUAUAAAUAUUACAAACAUGAUAGAUAAAAAUGACAAACAAGAAUAAUAAAUAAUACAAAGCGAAUUGAUAUAAACAAUAUAAACUGAACUUAUAAACAUUACAAUAUAGGUUGACAAACAUCACGAAUCCAGCACUGUUGCCGGAAAAUCAUCCACCACUAUCUCUAAUCGCCGAAAAAGUUGAAAAGAAAUCUCUCUCUACUAGGGGCAGAGAGAAUUUCCUAGGAUAGAAUGGCCACCCCUCCCCUAGGAAAAAUGGCCACACGCUGCCGGAGGAUAGGACGGCGGGACCGGAAAAAAUGGCCACGCCCUCGGAGAAGGGAGACGCGAUGGUAGUGAAGGGCUGUAUUUUUUAUUUAUUUUAAUUGAUAAAUAAAAUUAAAUAAUUCUUGUAAUUACUAUAUUGUCAUUCAUUUAAAUUGAUUAGUUUGAGCCAUUAGAAUUUAAUGAGGUUGAAUGGUUGAAAUUAACUUAGUAAUGUGACUAAGGGACCCCUUUAUACACCUGAUGUUAGUCCUUCUAUAGAUAACAAAACCCAGCUGUUUUACUGCCAAUUCAUUAUUCAUACUUUCUUAUUAUUUAAAUACAAAAAAUUAUAGGAUGCCUCCAAAAUCUAAGCAAGCAAAAUCCAAAUCCUACUAGAGAGUUGAUAAGGUGCAUACCCUAUCAAUAAAACAUUUCACCUUCUAAUUUUUAACGAAUUUGGACAAAAAUAGAGGUUGACCAUAUUAAAAAAAAAUUAUAAAAAAAAGACUUUGAUUAAUCAAAAGUCUCAUCUCUCUUCACUAAAAUUCGUGUAAUUCAAAGACUAAAACAAACAAAUCAAGUAGGAAUUACCAGAUCACUCCUCUGGAUCCUAAUCCAAAUUAAUAAAUCGUCCCAAUUAACUGGUAUGAGGUUACUUUAUGCGUUGUGCUGGGAGAUUUGAAAGUAACGAAAUGCUAGAAUUUUCAAGGAUGAGUUGAAAUCGUGGAAGGUGAUCGUUCAUAGGAUCAGGAGGAGCCUCCUCAAUCGGGGAGCUGUGCACAGAAGCAUUAGUACACUUAGUAAGAAGAUUAACGAACCAGACUCGUUUUUUAUUCAGGAGCUUGCUUGUGGUUUUAGGUGUAAUUGGUUCUGUGUAUACGUAUAAUAUGUUGUUCUACUAUUUUUUACAUCAAACAUCCCUUUUAUUAUUUCGUUUUAUCAAAUAUGCUCCUAAUAUUUUUUUUCCCCUUCUUAUCUUCCCUUCUGCCCUUCUCGGAUCACUUCUGGCGAUCUGGGAUGGGUGUGCAGACCUUGUUUUCUUUUCUUUUUCAGGUUUGAGUAAUAUAUUCACCCUUAUAUAAAAAAAUAAAAAAUUGGGAUGGACAUUUGUAGAUUAAUGUUUUGCACGAAUUUUGUACUAAUCAACUCCCUAGCAGAUAAUAAUCUAAAUGUUAAAUUCAGACCUGCAAAACCUGAAUGGCUUGUAUCUUAAUUAUGAAAUGCUGCUACUACGGUGAUCUUGAUUGAUUUGAAGGAUGUAUUAUCCAUUAAGAGCCCGAAAGGUGUUUCAUGUAUGAGUUUGCACUUUGCACUAUAACUCAUGGCCUCUCCAACUAAGGUUUCGUUUGGAAGGAUUAAUUAAUUGUAUGGUAUUUGUUAGGUGAAAUAACUCAGAAAUAACAAGUGUGGUAUUUGUCUAUUAUUUGGGGGAAUUCAACCAUAAAAUUAUGUUGUUUAGAUGAACCAUAUAAAUUAAUUAUUUAACUUAUGAUAUUUGUAAGAAAAUACUAUGAUACCCUUGUUAUGAAGGAUGGAUCAUUUAUAUACUUAAUCCCACCAACAAAUCCCUAAUCAUAUUGGUCUUAUAUCACAAUCCACUCCCAUGGUAAGACAAUCUAAUGAUACACAUACCCUAUGUUUGGUCAAGCUUUUAGAAGUGUUUUUCGCCUUCAAAAGGUUAAGGCAGGGCCAAACACAUCUAAAAUUUUGGAUUUUGAAAAGCUAAAAAGGGCUUGAAAAGCUGUUCUGAAAAUACAAGAUUAUCCUUAUCAAAUUUUAAUUUUAUUUCAAAAAAUCUAAUUUUAUUUCAUUUAUUUUAUUUUAAAAAUAAAAUAAAAUUUAAAACUAUAUUAUUUAAAAUAAAAUAAAUCUAACAAGAAUACAAGAUCCAUAUUGACUACUUUUUAUUGUUUAGAAUUUUUAUUCAUAUUUUAUACUAUAAGUCCUUUAUAGUAAUUUUACACAGCCUCUCAUAUCAAAAAUAACUUCUAAUAGUUUUUCAACCAAACACUCAACUGUUUUUUUUUUUUUUUUGAAAAAUACUUCUCUAAAAGUUUAAGCCAGAAGCUACUUCUCCAAAAACUACAACAGGGCCAAACUAUCCCAUAAUACCACUUGUCAUCUAACUUUGCAUGAAAAUCAUUGUUAGCAACUACAUGGUAUGUAAUGGUACAUCAUACAUAUAUCAUGUGUAUUUUUUUACAUCAAGACAACUACAUACAUGCAUCAGCAUACAUCAUACUCAGUUUCGUCUAAAGUUUUAUGGGGAUUAAGCAUUGGACCUUGUUGAUGGAGAACCUGCUUCGAUCCAAGUAGAAUUGGGUUGUGACUAGCCUUGGUUUCAAAGAACCAGCUGCAUGAGAAGAGCUCACUGGAGCUCAGCUGAAGAACUUAGAAGAGUUGAGGUUGAAAGACCGGAAAGCCAAGAACUACUUAUUCAGUUCCAUCGACAGAACUCUUCUGAAGACAAUUGCAAAGAAAGGCAUUACAAGAGAGCUAUGGGAAUCCAUGAAAGAGAAGUUUCAGGACAUUCCUAGGGUGCAGAAGGCACAAUUACAUGUACUCAGACGUAAUUUUCAACUCCCUGAAAUGGAUUAAAAUGAAACUGUGUCUGAGUACUUUGGCAGAGUCAUGGUGAUUGCAAACACCAUGAGAAAUUGUGGUGAAGACAUGCCCGACGAGAAAAUAAUGGAGAAGAUUCUCGGAACAUUACCCGAUAAUUUCAAUUAUGUGAUUUGCUCUAUCAAGGAAUUCAAAGAUAUUGAUCUCCUAACAAUUGAUGCACUUCAAAAUUCUCUUCUGGUGCAUGAACUAAAAUUCAACAAAAAGUUUGUCACAACUAUGAUAGAAGAGGAUCAAGUUCUUAGGAUUUCUCUUGAGCAUGAAAGAGGAGGAAGAGGUCAAGGGAGAGGCUUCUAUCCAGGAAGAGGUAGAAUUAGAGGCAGAGGUGGAACAAAGAAGCAAUUGAGUGCUUCAGGUGCCACAAACUGGGGCAUUUCAAGUAUGAAUGUCCUGAGUGGUACAAUGACCAACAUGCUCAUUAUGUUGAUUCCACUAAGGUGAUAACAAGAGCACAAGAAGAUCUGAAAGAUGAUAUGUUGCUCAUGGCAUCGAUCCCAAAGAUUCAAUAGAGUUGGAGUAGGAGACACUAGGACUGAUGGCCCUACUAGAAGAGGUGAAACAAGACAAGCAUGAGCAAUGUUGGUUUCUUGACUCAGGGUGCAACAACCAUAUGACUGGGGACAAGAGGUGGUUCUAAUCUAGAUAAUGGUGCUAAUGUAACUGUAAGGCUUAGAAAUGAUAUCAAAUUGGAAGUGGUAGCAAAGGGAAGUAUUAAAAUUGAGGAUGCCGAAAUGCAUUUGAUUAUUACUGAUGUGUUCUACCUUCCUGGUCUCAGAACAAAUCUCUUGAGCAUUGGCCAACUGCAAGAAAGGCUUAGCCAUUCUUAUUAAGGAUGGCAGCUGCAAAAUCUUCCAUGGAGAGAAGGGUUUGCUUCUGCAAACUGAGAUGAAAUCGAAUAGGAUGUUUGUCAUCCAUUAUGAACUUGGAAUAACUCAACAAGAGGCACAAUGCUUCCAAACUGCAAGCAGUGGGGAGAAGGAACUGGCCUUAUGGCAUAGAAGGUUUGGUCACAUCUACCACAAGGAUAUGCAAUAGCUGAAACAGAAAGGCUUUAUGGUCGAUUUGCCACAGUUGAAGGGUGAACUAGGAGUCUAUGCUACUUGUCUCAAAGGCAAGCAACAUAGGAAACCUUUUCACAAGAAAACAAGUGGAGAGCAUGUGAAAGGAUGCAACUGAUUCAUGCGAACCUAUGUCGACCUCUUACUCCAAUGUCAAAUGGUGACAAAAUGUAUAUUCUUACCUUAACUGAUGAUUUUAGUAGAAAGCUAUGAGUCUGUUUUCUAUCUGCAAAGUCAAAAACUUUGGAUUGGUUUAAGAAGUUUAAGGCUCAAGUUGAGCAAGAGACUGGUUUAAUGAUUCAAGGAUUGAGGACUGCUAGAAAACGGGAAUUCAUGCUCACUGAAUCAUAGAUCUUUGUGAUGAUCUAGGCAUUAAAAGACAAUUCAUUGCUACUUUAACACCCUGGCAGAAUGGGGUGGCUGAAAAAAAAAAGAAUAGAACAAUGCUAAAUAUGGUGAGAUGCAUGCUAGUAGACAUGAAGGUACCUGUUGCUUUCUGGCCAAAAGCUGUUGCUUGGACCACUCAUGUCCUCAAUAGGAGUCCAAGUAGUUAAAAUCCCGAUUUAAAUCCUAAAAUCCUACGCUUUUACGAUCUUACUUACCUAUUUCGAUUCUGAUUUCACUAUGAAAUCUAUGGACCUUAAAAUCCUCCACUAUUCACGAUUUAAAUCCUUAAAAUCUUUAAAAUCUCACGAUUUUACGAUUCAAAUCUUUGAGUCAAUUUUACUUAUUUUCCCUAAAAUUUGCAAAAUUACGCCUCUUUUUCUUCUCCUCCACCAACAUCAUCUAGUUCUCUCACACUAACCACCAUGGACUAUAAUCAAUUGACAUCAACGUAUUGAUCUCAUUGAUUCACCACCUCUUAACAUUAAUCUUGAUAAAUUGGAACAUUAACCUUGAAAAAUUAUCAUUGUAAGUGUUAUGUGCUUUUGUGUUAUUCAUGAUUUUCCUUACUAAUAUUAUUCCGUCUUGAUUUUUAUAUGGACUUUAAAAUCCUACGAUUUUAAGAUUCGAUUUUACGAUUCCAAUUUUACCCUCAUUUUCGAUUUUACAUAAAAUCCCGAUUUUGACUGCUUUGGGUCCAACAACAACUAAUGGUUGAAAUAGACCACAAUAUCUGUGGACAUGGCAUCCUCCCUCAGUCUCACACUUCAAGGUUUUUGGAUGCACUGCAUAUGUGCAUGUUCCCAACCAACAAACAAGAAAGUUAAAUGAAAAGAGCACCAAGUG